ACACAAGAAAGGUAAACAACAGACCGCAGUACGUCAGAGACCAUUUGUUAUCGUUUUUACACCAUCCAGAAGUAGAAACACGUAGAAUGCUGAAAAGCGGAAAGAAAAAUGUUUCCCUCGAUCGUGGUUGUGUCUAAUUUUCAGUAGUAGUGAACGCUCUCCCCGCAUACCUUCUCCGGCCUUUAGUGUAUUCUUCUAGCUCACCCACCUCACAGCCCCCCCAACCAGCAGAGAGUGUUGUUGUAGGUGAUUGGUGGCCAAAGCGAUAGGAAAGAAGUUUUGCUCCUGGUUGGGACAGGAACGGAAAUGAUAACAACAAAAUACUUGUUUCUGCUCAUAUUGAUUACUGUGGGUUUUGCGUUCAUCCUGCUGUACAACUGGUUCUCGACGAAGGUCAUCCUUGCCGAUAAGCAGCUAACGAUUCAUCUCGCUGAGGGUAACAAUGAGCAACUGAUACACAGCAACGUCAAUCAUUGGCAGACGGCCACGGCCAAGGUGGAUGACAUCACGACGUACCGGAACUACGAUGAAAAGUUUGUGAUAAUUUACAACCGGGUACCGAAGACGGGCAGCACCAGCUUCGUCAACCUUACGUACGAUCUGUGCAAGAAGAAUGCAUUCCACGUACUGCACAUUAACAUUACCGCCAACAUGCACGUACUGUCGCUUCCUAAUCAGCUCAAGUUUGUGCGGAACAUAACCGCAUGGGACAGCAUGAAACCUGCCUUCUACCAUGGACAUAUGGCUUUCCUAGACUUUUCAAAGUACUGCUCCCCUCCCGUAAGCCCCCACACGUGUUCGCCUACUAACGCCACUUCUCUUCCCUCGCCCAGAUUCGGCAUGCCAUCGAAACCGCUGUACAUAAACCUUAUCCGGCAGCCGCUAGAUCGGCUAGUGUCGUACUACUACUUCCUGCGCUACGGGGACGACUAUCGCCCGUACCUCGUGCGCCACCGGGCCGGCGAUACGAUGACGUUCGACGAGUGUGUCGCCCGCCAGAAGCCCGACUGUGAUCCCACCAACAUGUGGCUGCAGAUUCCGUUCUUUUGCGGGCACCAUGCGGAGUGCUGGAACCCGGGCAGCAGCUGGGCCCUGGAGCAGGCAAAGCGCAACCUAGCGAACGACUACUUCCUGGUCGGGUUGACCGAGGAGAUGGACGAGUUUAUCGAGCUGCUGGAGCUUUCGCUGCCCCGCCUCUACCGCGGUGCGGUGACACACUUUCAAAAGUCAAACAAAUCGCACCUGCGCAAAACCAAGUCCAAGGUUGAGCCGGCCGCCGAAACGGUCGCGAAGAUCAAGGAAUCGACCGUGUGGCAGAUGGAGAACGAGCUGUACGAGUUUGCCCGCGAUCAGUUUCACUUCGUGCAGAAGAAGCUGCGGACGCCGGGCAGGAAUGUGAUGCAGGACUUUAUGUACGAGAAAAUUAAACCAAAUCCAAACGGUGCCGCCAAGAACUGAUACAGGAAUCGGGAUCCCGCCCGCAAGGCGAAAGCUCUCAAACGGCGCCGAGAGCGGAUGGCUUGAGCAGAGCGCGGGACCCAUAGGAAGGAAGAGAUGGCUGGGGGGGGAGGUUUGCUCGCACGGUUUUGGUCGUGAUACGGGUGUGUGGAGAAAGAAUGUAUGUGUGCGUGUGUAUGUGUGUGUGUGUGUGUGCGAGUGUGUUCGUAUGUAUGUUUGAUGUCCUUCGUGUUUGUGGCAUAGAUUUAGAAGCAAACAGGAAAAAAAGACACGGAGAAGAGACGGAAGCUCAUGUAAUAUCCGGUUCGUAAUAGGUUAAGGGCAGAAGAAGACGAAAAAGAAAGCAUUGUUGUUGAUUAAUUGUAAUUCUUUUUUUGUAGCAGGCAGCUUUUUCCCUCCCUUAUCCCUCGCUGCCAUAAUAAGGGCCAAUUCAUCUUUGUUUUCAUGUUCCUUCACGCAUCGCAAAUCUUGUCUUCGGACUGAGAUCAUCAUCAAACUCACGUGUGUGUAGUAAUUGUUUUUUUUUUAAUAAUUGCAGAUAGUUAGUGUAGGAAUUGUUUUAAGUUAGAACAGAAAAAAACCUCCCCACAGCUUGCCGUACUCGGGGGUUCGUGUAGCUAAUUUCUACAAUUCAAGCUGAACGGCGGAGGCAGGUAAAAAGACACAAAUUCUAAUUCAUUCCUAGAAAAGGCCGACAUAAUACAACCGUUUCAUAACUUUUGUGAACCGCUUGCUUGCAUCGGAUCUUUCAAACUUUCACACGCGAGAGAAGCUAAAAGACGUUAGAAAGUGCGAAAUUUGAAUAGGUGUAGCGCUGCGCUGGUCAAUAAAAAAGCAUUAAGCAAACAAUGACGAACUACUCUAACCAAAACGCAAAGACGACGCAUACAAUAAAUGAAAUAAAAGAAAUAUUUUUACUAAGCACUCAGAAAAA